AUGGUGAGGUGGCCAAACUUUGCAGACCCCACUGCGAUGAUGUACGAGAAAUUGGAGUUUGCCAUUCCAGGCAUUGAGGCCUUAACGGCUUACAGCAUAUCGAUUGACGAGGUGUGCAAGACACUGCGCUGGUUGAGGACCCUCGAAUGCAUCGCUUUCCCCCACUCCUUGAAUUUGGAGAGCAUUGGCCGGGUGUGCGAUGCCUUGACCGGAACAGUCCGGCCCUGCCUGGAGAGAACAGCUCGCCCGGACUGUAUCAUUCUUGUCGAUCCUGCCAAUCAGGAAGCGGUGGCAACAGCACACGUACUCUUCGAACUUCUGAAGCUGAGCAAUCAAGUGCGAAUGUCGCCCUCGGUGCUGGAGGCAGGUGAUGACAUUCCGAGCAACAUCUCGAAGGCGCUGCUUGUGUGCUCUGCCGGAUGCUUCCAUUCAGAGGCCCUUGCAUCAUGGCUCAUCCGUCUUUUUUCUGCGCCGCAGCCAGCCAUCCUUCCCAUCAUUGCGGAUCCAGACUUCGUUGUGCCUGUGGUGCCUUUUGAGAAUGCAGUGGCUGGGGUCGCCGGAAGCUUCACCGAUGCAGAGAUGGCAAGCUACCCCCAAGCAGUGGAAAGCAUUUUCCAGGAAAUUGCAAGUGUCUUAGCGCCUCAAUCAUAUUCCAGUACACAAGAA